AUGGCCAUCGUUCCCCGAGACACCACCACCAUCCUCGGCAUCAAAGCCGCGGUGACGGGCAGCACGCUGCUCAUCGCCGGCGGCAUGGCCAACACCUCCCUCUCCUUCAUCCCCAACCUCAUCAAAGCCGCGCAGACCAUGCCCUCCACGCGCCCCAGCAUGAGCCGGCUGGAGAGCGGGCGCCUGACGCCCCAUCCCGACGGCGGCAACAUCUCCGCCGCCCACGCCGCCGCCAACGAGGGCUACCAGAUGCCCGCCAAGCAGUUCGUCAACAUGUCCAAGACCGCCUUCGCCACCCAGGUGCCGCCCGAACUCCUAUCCAUUGCCGCCUCGGGCUACCUCGCGUACCACUACCGCCAGCUCGGCGCGUCGUUUGCCGGCUACAAGUGGACGGCGGUCGCGGUGCUGAUUGCUUCCAUCUUUCCCUUUACCGGCGCCCUGAUGGUGCCGAUUGACCACAAGAUUGCGCAGAUUGGUGGUGUGGAGGAGAAGCCGGAGCCGUAUGAAGAUGCGCCGCUCGAUCGGCAUGCGGAGCGCAGGAAUGCCGUCGAGUUUCUGCGCAAGUGGAACUCGCUCAACACGCUGAGGAGCGCCAUCAUGUUUGUGGCGGGUGGGAUUGGACUGUGGAGCUUGGUGGAAGAGUAA